AUGUCUGACCAAAAGACUUUGCUUAGUAUGAAGAAGACAUUCUUUUACAAUUUCUUUCCAUCAAAAGUUGAAGAAGAAGCGUGCAAAUUUAACAACACUCCAUGGGUAGUGACUCAAGAACUAGUGGAGAUACGGGACAUCUACCCUGCUCCGAAAAUCAAUUUGGAAAACCUGUGGAAGAUCAAGAAAAGCAUUACUCAUGAUGAGGUUGUUCUAGGAAUGCUUGUGAUUCCAUUUUUUGAGAUGUUUGAGUACAUUCUUCGAUAUUGGAUGUUGGAUGUGGCCAAAAAUUUGGAGAAUGGGUGUGGAGUGCAUGUUGACGUGUGGGAUGUAACUAAGGAGAAUGUCCCUAAGAAGUAUGAAGGUGAAAAUGUUUGCUUAAAGAAGUUGUACAAUGAUGACUAUUCUCUUUCGUGCAUCAAAUUGUUCAAUGAUCGCGGAUUGGGGGUUGGUGAUAAAAUUGGGCUUUAUUGGGAUCGUAGGUCUUCAUGUUUAAUAUUCAAAUUACUUUCUUAA